AAUGGUAUGUGUGAAUAAAGUUAAAUAUUUACGUCCAGUAAAAUAUACAUUGAGAGACAAUCCCGGCGAGUUGUGUAAAUUGUAAAUACUAAAAGGUAAAAGUGUAUUUGUUUCGAAAACAUUAAUAUAGCAUUGUAAAUAGUCAUUGUCUUUAGAGUGGCAUUAUUCUAUUGUCGGGGUAGGCUAGGUAAAGGUGAGCCCUCGCCGCUGAAUGCAGUUCGCUUGCACCGGGCUGACUGACAUAAUUACGCGCAGGCGCAGGUAGAGCCGAGGGGGCCGGGUCUCGGCAGUCGUUAGGCAAACCGUCGGAGGAGAGGCCGCGUUGCGUCUCAGUGCCACGUGCAAACCGGCCCGAAUGUCGGAGAACCAGUCGCGAUGGGCGGCCGCGGCGUGAGAGCCGCGUCAUGUUGAAGCAUGCGCAGCGGCCGCCGGCGGCGAACGAUGCCGACCACCGCUACCAGAACAUGCCGCGGCGGCCGCACCACCACCUGCCCCUCAACGUCUCCACACUCGACUCCUCGAAACACUCCGUCGGGGGAACCUCCGCCAGCGUCAGCCCCGGCGCUCCCCCCAAUCCCGCUCCAGUCUCCGUCGUAGCCCCAAUACCUGUCGCGUCUCCCCCCAAGAUCGCGAACGGCAAUGCCUCGGGGGCUAUCACUCGGCCACCUCCGGCUAGAAACAAAAGCAAUCGAGCAGCUACAGAAGAGGCUCUGACUUCCCUAGCGUUAUUGUGCCUCAUCAGCCUCCUCCUGGCGCUGCUGGCAUUGUUGUUCCUGCUGAAGAUAUCGGCGCCGGCGACGACCGCCCCCGAGGAGUUUGCAGUGGUGUAUGAAGUGACGUUAGCAUUGUGUGCGUUGACACUAUCACUUAAUCUUUGCUGUCUUCUUGUUUGUGCAAUACAGUUCCUGUUCGCUGUCAAGCUGGUGCACUCCCCGUCGGCUCCGAAUGGCCGGUCGAAUAAGUACCUUCAAAAGUCAGCUGUAACAAGAGUAUGUGCUGUGGGAGGCUUCUUCAUAUCAAUACCGGUUUUUUUAACAGGAAUAAUCCUCUACACAUUCAUUCAGUUCCACUCGACCCCAGCGAUCGUGACAUCGGUCUUCAUCGGAGUUGGGAUAAUAUUCUGCGGCUGCGCAAUGGUCCACAACGUUUUCGUGUGGCAAAAGGAGAAGACUAACGUGGUCAAAGCGUUUCGCGCCGAAAACACAACCGCGCCAAAUCUUAACACGUCCAACGGCGUGUUGUUGGGCAACGGACACUUGAAUAAUACAGGAGUGGGGAAUUUAAGUUUCCACAGUCUUGGUGGUGCGCCGUACGCGCAUCCGAUAACGUUGUUGCAGCAAGGACCUUAUAUUAUUAGGCCUCCGACGAGUACGCCGCCGGGCGAGGGCGCGGCAUCGCCGGGCGUGCCCGCUGCCACCAUCGAUCUCAGCCACGACACACACGAACUCAGCACCUUGGUCUGACCCACCGUCUGCAUUGAGUUGAGCGAGCCGCGACCCGUCCACCCGACAGUGGGUCCGCGGGGACCAGCGUUACGUCAUUCUUAUUAUAGUAACCGUAUUUGCUACGAAUAUAAACUGAUAUAAAUAAUACUCUGCAGGAUUUGGUCUACAUAAAAAAGACGCCAAUAAAAACCAACCACCAACCAAAAUUUGCUUCUCUAUUAAUAGAGGAGAGAGAAAGAGAGAUAAGUGUGCUCGGUCCAAUAAUCUGUCAGGAUAUAUAACGCUUUUGUAUGUAAGGAAAUAGGGUUUCAAUAUUUUUUUAUAUUCGUCCUACAAAAGACACAUCUGAAUCUGGUGAAUGAUCUAGCAACAAAAGUCCCUAGGUAUUGAAAAAGAUAUUGUUGCUAAUGAAUUUUGAAAUGUAAAUAUUUCGAAAUAACUUAAUCAACCAACAAGGCAACGUGUUCUUUUGAUCGCAGAGUCCUUCACAUUCUGGGGACUGAAAAAAUUUAAGAGCUACCAACAGAAUUUCCUUACUCCCCAGGAGAUCUAAUUUUCUAUUUUACGAAGGAAUUCGUACGAAAGUGCUCCAGGGCCAAUGUUGGGAUCGAAACAGAGUAAAACUAUAAGAUCAAAACGAAUAGCUUACGACAGGCGCUCUAAUCACCACGCCAUUGGUACCUAUCUAAAAAAGAUAGAGUAAUUUUUAUAGGUCAUUUUAUUUUUUUAAAGCGUAUCUGAGGGCACGGCACCAAUAACUUCGUUGUGGAUAAAAAAGGAAGCCUGCAUUUUCAGUAACUAAGUAGGUAGGUAUUGUAUUAUAUUUCCAUAAAAUGACAUGUCAAGAUUGUGACCAACCUUUAAGUACCUAAACAAAUUAUAGAUUGCCUCAGUACAUAAUAAUACACCCUUUAGUUCAGUACAACUGAACAGCGCAGUGUAAUUAAAUAAUGAUAUUUAAUUCCAACAAAUUUUCUCGAGGGCGACAUUCCUAAAAAAUAUUUUUCAAUAUCUCAUGUAAAGGGUGUUAGGGUGCAUACACGGACACUAGCGCCACCAUCACAUUUUUUGUCAAUUUCUUUUAUAUAUUAGCACAAACUAAAGAAUAGAUAAAGGAUUUUAAUAGAAAGUAUUAUCGUUUUCGGUUUUGUAUAUUAUGGCAACUGUGUCCAAUAGAAAACUUGGAUAAACUCUAAUAAAAUCAACAAUUUAGUGUAGCAUAAUUUGUGCAAAAAACAAUGGUUGGUGGCGCUAGUGUGCAGGUUAGCGGAGCCUUAAAACAAUGUCUCCCCAUCUUCUUCCAAAACACAUUUUAGAAAAAUAAGGGAGAAAAUGAGCGUGAAUGACAUCCAUGUAGGUAAUAUAUUCAGAAGGAAAAAUCACGAAAUUUGUGGCGAUCCUGUAAAUAAUAAAACAAGACAAAAAAGUGCAGAGCGUUGGAUAUAUGCUAAAAGAUAUUAUUUUUUAUGUACUCUACAUACUGAUUCUUAUAAAUUCGCAUUAUUUUAUUUACAUGCUCAGUCCAUGGUACUGAACAACUUUUAUUAUGGAAGCAACCUUGAAAUCGCGAAAAAAAAAAUCAGCUGACCCUUACAUUUUCAACAAGUUAGGUACCUAUUUAAUUUUGUAUUAGAACAGCUAAUUUUUUUUCGCCAUUUCGGAGUUACCUUCAUACUAAAAGUUGUUCAGAAUCAUGGACUGAGCAUGUAGACAAAAUAUUGCCAAUGUGUUAAAAGUCACCCUGUAUAUUGUAUUAGUUAUUAUUUUAUUGUUACAAAUUAUCUAUGUCUAUACGAAGUAGUAAGGUACAGUACCUUGGAUAAAUCCUUUCACUCCUAAAAAAGGUGUGUAAGGUUUUUUAUUCGAGUGAACAAACUACUUUUAGAGUGUUGAUAUUUUGUAACACCCUGUAUAAUUUAUCAGAAUCCGAGUAGGUAGCAAUCUGUAUAUUUUCAACCCAAAAUUAAAAGUUAAAUUAUAGUACAAAUCCUUACUAAACCUGCUUCAUUUUCUUUUAGCAUGUUGCAAAAUACGCCGCACUAUUCUGCUUUAAGGAUUAGCGUGUCUCAAUGUUUGUCUAUCAACAUAUUUUUAGUAUAUAGUUUUUUUUCUCCAUGUACUUAAAUGAGAACAGACUUUUUGCAUAAAAAAAACUAUAUUGAAAAUCAAUUUUGACUUAACGACCCAAUCGCUGAUUGAACAAUAAAUUCGGUAUAAAAAUAGCUUUCGUCACGUGUCAAUAUUCUAGGUCUAAGAGCCAGGCCUCAUUGCUAUGUUGCGCUCCGUCGUUCUCGGUUGCGUUGAUGUCCGUCGCCGGUACAAAACCUAUAGAAAAUAAGGGAACAGCAUUUGUAUGUCAAUUUGACUUAUGUAUAUUACUUUUCAUCGACCACCGCUUGUUUCCGGUGAAAGAAACCUGCACACUGAUUAAUUUUAAAUGGAGAAGGCAAUGACAAAUCGAUCGAUGUGUAUGUUUCAGUCCACGUAAUGACCACGACCCUAAGCCACGAGGACUAUGGAGGAUAAGACUAUGAAGUUAAACCUCAAAAAUCAUAACGUCCGAAUUGAAAUUAUAUUAGUUCGUUAUGUGUAAAUAUUGUUAUAUUAGAAUAUUAUUCAUGUCGCCAGACAUUGCCAUGCUUAGCUAUUUAAUUAUACACACUUUAAUAUAUUUUGAACGUCACCACUAUGAAUUUAUGUAAUACUGAGAUUAUUUAUACAAAAAUUUCAACUAUAUUAUGUCGGAACACGUGUAAAUGUAAACUGUUGUUGAAAAAACCAUUGAAAAAAGAUUUUCCCUGUGGGCAAUAUACAUUCAUUGAAAAGUGAGCUUUAUAGACGACAUACUUUAGAUGUAAUUUAUAUUGACAACAAAUUAGCCGACUGUUCGCUGUCAGCUUUCAUCGCGUCAAUGUAAAGUAUUUUUCAAUGAACUUAUCAUGUCGGUGCGGUAUUUAAGUGUGCUAUGAUCUUUGUGCAACUCAUAUACGAUAUGCAUCAUUCCUAAGUCUACGAUAAAUGGACAAAAUGAUGGAAAAUGAAAUAGAAUUUAGUUUAUUUUCAUUGUUUUUAUUGUUUUAAAAGUUGAGAUAUAUGUUGAGAUUCUUGAACUACCUACAUUUUUUUAUACGACUAAAUGAUGCCUUUGCAAUAUUAUCCCACCAUUUUCUAAUUAAGGUAAAUAUUGAUUAUAAAUCAAAUCGAAAUAAGACAAUUUCAAAAUUGCAAUAUCGAAUAUAUUACGUCCAUGGAAAUUACAAAAAUAAUAACUUUGGACUAAAAUUAAAAAACGUUGUAUAAAAACUGUUUAUUAAGUAAAGGAACGACGAUAAUACGUUAUUAAUAAUAUAAAUUGAAAUACAUUGAAAAUUAUCAGAAUGUAUAUUUUGUACAUAGUUUACAAGACACCGGAGGCAUGAAUUUAUUUAUUUAAUAUCAUAAUGUAGUUUUUUUUGGGAAACAAAAUAAAAAGUAAAAAAAUGA